CUAUGCUUAUACAUGACUUCUCUAUGUAUAUAUAUAUACUCAAAGGUUUUCGGCUUUCGCACGUGUAUACAUACAUCGUGUAAUCACGUGUAAUUUUCUAAUUGUUUGAUAAGUCGGCAUAAAUAUCUUAAAUUAUUUGUAAAAUAAAUUAAUUUUUCUUCUUAUCAUUAUAAAUGAACAAAAUUAACCUUAAGGAAGUAUUCGAGGUAGAAUGCAGGCAUGGAGCGUUUUACACUGGCGGUGAUAUUCAAUGGAGCAAGAAUGCGGAGUAUUUAUUUUGUCAGAAAGGAGGUGUUGUAUCCGUAUUGUCUAUGAGCAAAGGUUCCACGAUAUUGUCAGUGGGUGCAGAGGCUAAUCAACAGGAAGAUACAAUAAAUUGCUUUGCUCUUUGUAACGAAGACACAGGCGUGAUUACUCAUCACAAGAGUGGAUUGUUUAAAUUAUGGGAUUGGAAAACUAAUAAAUUAAUAAAACUAUGGAAAUCUAUUCAUAAGGGACCUGUAAUGCGAAUAACUCUUUCGGAUAAUAGUAUUUUAAUGGCGUCUGGUGGAAGUGAUGGCACGGUCAGAUUGUGGAAUUUGCGACAUCACGCGUGUACGCACAAUCUUAAAGGAAUACAAGGAGUAAUCAGCGUGUUAGAAUUUUAUCCAAACAAUGAAAAACCACUUCUCUUUGGUGCUGGCGACAAUACAAAGAUUUUUGGUUGGGAUAUCAUUACUGGACAAGAAAAAAUUGUUCUUUCUGGACAUUUUAGUAAAGUUACGUCGCUUAGCUUUCACAAAGACGGAAAUUAUUUAGUUAGUUCAGGAAGAGAUAGAGUGCUGAUCCUAUGGGACAUAUUGACUGGAACAUCGGUACGGAUUUUACCGGUAUAUGAAGGAAUCGAAGGAACUUUUAUGAUAUCUGCGAAAUGCCUUCCAUCAUUUGUUACGUCACGUAAGAGUGACGGCAUAUACGUUGCCUCGGCUGGUGAAAAAGGUGUCGUUAAAAUCUGGGAGAUGAAAACGGGCAAGCAGAUUUACGCUCAGGACGAUUCUUUGGUACCGCCCGCUAAGGAAGAGGAAGGGUUAUCAAUUACACAUUUAUUUUAUAAUAGUGUCCAUAAUAUUUUUGCAGUGGCGUCUGCUGAUCAUAACAUUAUUGUUUAUUCAUUGGAAUUAUUUGAGUGCAAAAAGCAGUUGGUAGGCUACAGCGACGAAAUUUUAGAUGUUGCGUAUCUUGGAGAUAAUGACAGUCACAUCGCACUCUCGACCAAUAGUUGUGAUAUAAAGCUUUAUGAGAUUGCUUCUAUGAAUUGCCAAUUAUUGUGUGGUCAUAUUGACAGUGUUUUGGCUCUUGCUACGACUCCGGCGAAUGUAAAUUUGCUUAUAUCAUCAGCCAAGGAUAAUAGCGUUCGUGUAUGGCUAUUAAAUAAGGAAACAGCAAGGAUGUCUUGUAUUGGACAUGCUGUCAGGCACACUGCUUCAAUUAGUUCCGUUGCAAUAUCUCAAACAUCAUCUAAAUUUUUUACCACUGUGGCUCAAGAUUCAUGCCUGAAAUUGUGGGAAUUGCCUAAAAAUUUCGAGUUGCACGGUCAAGUUUUAGCAUUAAAUACAAGUCAUACAAUAUUAGCACACCAAAAAGAAGUAAAUUGUGUAACCAUUUCGCCAAAUGAUAAACUAAUUGCUACAGCGUCACAAGAUAAAACUGCUAAGUUAUGGUCUGCUGAGAAUUUGCAACUGCUUGGCAUAUUUUACGGUCAUCGGAGAGGCGUUUGGUGUGUUCGAUUUUCACCAGUCGAUCAAGUACUUUUAACAACAUCUGCUGACUGCACUAUGAAACUAUGGUCUUUAACAGAACUUAAUUGUUUGAAGACAUUUGAAGGACAUGAAUCUUCUGUUUUAAGAGGAGAAUUUUUAUCGCGUGGUAUGCAACUAAUCACAUCGGGUGGAGAUGGUCUUUUGAAAUUAUGGAAUAUUAAAACGUCCGAAUGCAUAUUUGUUUUGCACCAACAUGAAAGCCACGUUUGGACCUUUGCAGUCAGCAAAGAUCAGAAGCACAUUAUUAGUGGAGGUAGUGAUUCGUUGCUGGUUAUUUGGAGGGAUGUAACAGAAGAGAGAAAAGCGCGAGCCGUGUCCAUAAAAGCUCAAUUUGUACUCGAAGAGCAAAAGUUAACCAAUUUACUGAAAGCUGAAGAACUCCAGGCUGCGUUACAAUUGGCUAUAAAGUUGGAACGACCAUUGCAAGUCCUUAAGAUUGUCGAAGAUGGUUAUAAACGCCUUAAUAACAGAGAUUGGGAUGCAGGAGCUGCAGAUGUCAGAUUUAUCUUCCACUUUAGAAAUUAUGAUUCCGUAUACCGAUAGACAUUUUAAAAGAUUAACGAAACUUUUGCAAGAUCUUCACCUAUUGACAUAUACUUUUAAUUGUAUGAAGCCUGAUAUUAUAUCAAUUGACACUAAAUAAGUUACAUACGUAAAUAAUACGCGCGCGCGUAUGUGUGUGUAGUGAAUUAUAUAUAUAA